CUGUUCCAUUUUUUCCUUGUUUCUAAUUUUCCUACUUCCCCCCACCUUCUUCAAUUCCUCUAUAAAUUGCACCCACCCCCACCUUCAUUCCACACACACUAACAUCACCUUUCCCUACACACACAUAACUUAAACACUCAGAAGAAAAAAAUGGCGACAUUCCCAGUUGUGAACAUGGAGAAACUGAAUGGAGAAGAAAGGUCUGCAACAAUGAACUUGAUCAAUGAUGCUUGUGAAAACUGGGGUUUCUUUGAGAUUGUGAAUCAUGGGAUAUCGACCGAGCUUUUGGACACUGUGGAGAAGAUGACAAAAGGGCAUUACAAGAAAUGUAUGGAAGAAAGGUUUAAAGAAAUGGUGGCUAGUAAAGGCUUAGAAGCAGUUCAAAGUGAAAUUGAAGAUUUGGAUUGGGAGAGUACUUUUUAUCUCCGUCAUCUUCCUGAAUCCAACAUCUCUGAGAUCCCUGAUCUUGAAGAUGAAUACAGGAAGGUGAUGAAGGAGUUUGCUAAAGAAAUUGAGAAACUAGCUGAAAAUAUCUUAGACAUAUUAUGUGAGAAUUUGGGAUUGGAGAAGGGUUAUCUCAAGAAAGCUUUCUAUGGUUCCAAGGGCCCCACCUUUGGGACCAAGGACGAUAAGGUCAGUGGGCUCCAGUUACUUAAAGAUGGAGAAUGGAUUGAUGUGCCACCUAUGCAUCAUUCGAUUGUCAUCAACUUGGGUGAUCAGCUUGAGGUGAUUACAAAUGGAAGGUACAAGAGUGUGAUGCAUAGAGUGAUUGCUCAAACAGAUGGGACCCGCAUGUCGAUUGCAUCAUUUUACAAUCCGGGCAGUGAUGCUGUGAUCUACCCUGCCCCAGAACUAGUAAACAAAGCAGAAGAGAAAAACAAUAUCUACCCGAAAUUUGUGUUUGAGGAUUACAUGAAGCUCUAUGCACAAGUGAAGUUUCAGGCAAAAGAGCCCCGAUUUGAAGCUUUUAAGACAGCUAUGGAAGACACCAUCAGAGUCGACCCAAUUGCAACUGUUUAAGAUCAAAAACCUACAGUAAUGGUGUUUGUGUGUCUGCGGAUUUAAUAAAAUAAAAGGUUUAUACAUAAAAAAAAAGGAAAUUAAAUUAAUGUGUUGGGAGUAUAUUCAUAGGUGUUGUGUUUCUAGUGUCUUGCAGGCGUCUAUCUAUGAAUGUUUGUAUAAGAACACCAAAUCUUGGAAAUGCCCUAAUAACAUAAUGACAUAAUUUCUGUGUUUUUCCAAUAUCAAUGUUUGCUUAAUAGUAACUCAAUAAUCCAGCUCCU